AGCUCUCUUUCUCUCCCUUUCUCUUUCAGCAUCCUUCUGUGAUCCUGUAGGUGAUAUAGAUACAGCAGCAUCCAUGGCCUGUUUUUUGCCUUAGCAUUGUUUUCCAUUUUGCUCUGACUGCUGCACGAAUCAGGGAUCUAAAGCAUUUAUUUUAAGGACUUACACUAAGCAUCUGGUAACUGGAAUUAUAUUUUCCUGGGUUUUUUUCAGGCUUCUUGGAAAUUGAGGAAUGCAAUUCUGCCACCAUGAUGGAAGGAUUGAAAAAGCGUACAAGGAAGGCCUUUGGAAUACGGAAGAAGGAAAAGGACACUGAUUCCACAGGAUCACCAGACAGGGAUGGAAUUCUGCCCAGCCCUCAUCCUCAUGAGCCAUCCUCCACUAACAAACCAGAAUGUGCACGUGAAGGAGGAAAAAAAAAUUCGAAGAAAAGCAACGGAGCUCCGAAUGGAUUUUAUGCAGAGAUUGACUGGGAAAGAUAUAAUUCACCUGAGCUUGAUGAAGAGGGAUACAGCAUCAGACCAGAAGAACCAGGCUCUACCAAAGGAAAGCACUUUUAUUCCUCAAGUGAAUCAGAAGAAGAAGAAGGAGAGUCACACAAGAAAUUUAACAUUAAGAUUAAGCCUUUGCAGGCUAAAGACAUUCUGAAGAGUGCAGCAACUGUAGAUGAAUUGAAAGCCUCAAUAGGAAACAUUGCACUUUCUCCAUCUCCAGUGAGGAAAAGUCCGAGGCGCAGCCCGGGUGCAAUUAAAAGGAACUUAUCUAGUGAAGAAGUAGCAAGACCAAGGCGUUCAACCCCAACUCCAGAACUUGUAAGCAAAAAAGCCCCAGAUGAUCCUUCAGCUCUGGCCCCACUGUUUGGCCCACCACUGGAGACAGCAUUUGCGGAACAAAAAUUGGAAGCUCCUUUAGAUCAGACUGAGAUAUGGGGUUUGGUCCAGCCAGAGAAUUCAAAUCUAGAGUCUCCAAAGCUACCAAGACCUUUUCCAACUGGAAGUAAGUUAAGUGUGGAUUAUCAGUCUGAAAAAAGCAGAUGUUUCAUUUUUAUUAUUUGGUCUACUCUACACCCUAGGACGGGUUCUCCAUUAACAGUUGGAAUAGGAAGUGACCAGACAGCAACAGAGGUCAAAAGUGACAAACUACCAUCAAUCAAUGACUUGGACAGCAUUUUUGGUCCAGUAUUAUCCCCCAGGUCUAUUGCUGUUAACGCAGAAGAUAAGUGGGUCAAUUUUUCUGAUCAGUCCCCGGAAAACAUAACUGCUGAAUUGACGUCAAGGGAAAAAGUGGUGUCCCCAACUGUGGCAUCAGAAAUCCCAGCUGAAUCUCCAGCUGUUGAAACCUCUCGCAAUGUUCCAUCACCUCUCAAUUUAGAAGAGGUUCAGAAGAAAAUUUCUGAGCAAACCCACGUUAAAGAUGAUAACUUAGAAUCAGCUGCAUCUCCUAAAGAUUUUGGGUUGGGACAGAGAGCUACACCACCUCCCCCUCCGCCACCUACCUACAGAACAGUGGUGUCAUCACCUGGACCCAGCUCUAGCAGUGGCACAGGAAGCACCAGCGGUUCUUCAUCUCCGGCUCGUCCAACGACUCCUCUGGCUGCCUGCAGCAGCACUACUCCACCACCUCCUCCACCUCGGCCCCCAUCUCGGCCAAAACUGCCUCCAGGGAAGCCUGGGGUUGGUGAUGUGUCCAGGCCUUUUAGCCCUCCUAUUCAUUCAUCCAGUCCUCCUCCGGUAGCACCUUUAGCUCGUGCUGAAAGUACUUCUUCCAUAUCAUCCACCAAUUCCUUGAGUGCAGCCACUACUCCCACAGUUGAGAAUGAACAGCCUUCCCUCGUUUGGUUUGACAGAGGAAAGUUUUAUUUGACUUUUGAAGGCUCUUCUAGAGGACCCAGUCCUUUGACGAUGGGAGCACAGGAUACCCUCCCUGUAGCAGCAGCAUUCACAGAAACUGUUAAUGCAUACUUUAAAGGAGCAGACCCUAAUAAAUGUAUAGUGAAGAUAACUGGAGAAAUGGUGCUGUCAUUUCCUGCUGGAAUUACCAGACAUUUUGCCAAUAAUCCAGCCCCAGCUGUUCUAACCUUCCGUGUGAUAAAUUACAACAGGUUAGAACACGUCCUGCCAAAUCCCCAACUUCUCUGCUGUGACAGUACACAAACUGAUGCCAACACAAAAGAAUUCUGGGUAAACAUGCCAAAUCUGAUGACUCAUCUAAAAAAAGUGUCUGAACAGAAACCACAAGCAACGUAUUACAAUGUGGAUAUGCUCAAAUACCAGGUAUCAGCCCAAGGUAUUCAGUCUACUCCAUUAAACCUUGCAGUGAGCUGGCGGUGUGAAUCUACAAGCACUGACCUUCGCAUUGACUACAAAUAUAAUACAGAGGCAAUGACUACACCCGUAGCGCUAAACAACGUCCAAUUCCUAGUUCCCAUAGAUGGAGGUGUAACAAAACUUCAAGCUGUGCUUCCACCUGCUGUUUGGAAUGCUGAACAGCAAAGAAUAUUGUGGAAGAUUCCUGAUAUCUCACAAAAAUCAGAAAACGGAGGUGUGGGUUCUUUGCUGGCAAGAUUCCAGCUGUCUGAAGGACCGAGCAAACCUUCGCCACUGGUAGUGCAGUUUACAAGUGAAGGGAGCACUCUCUCCAGCUGUGAUAUAGAACUUGUGGGAGCAGGGUACCGGUUUUCACUCAUUAAAAAGAGAUUUGCAGCAGGAAAAUACUUGGCUGAUAACUAAAGGAAGCCUAUGCAAGUAUAUGGAAAAUCCAUAUAACCAAGGACUGCUUUGUGUGGAACGGGUUUAAAUUACGGUUUAAGGGAAAUGAACUAAAUCCUGCAUUUGGGGCACUUCUGUUGGAAGUGUCAGCGACUUUCAGCAUUUUUUCCUGAGAAAACACCGUCUUGACCAGUCCUACAGUAUUUACUUCUAGAUGUAACAUUGGUAAUGGUUUUAAAAUGUAAUUAUUGUAUUUGUAAAUUGUAUUCAUUGCAGUAAGGCUGUAUUUUGGCAGUUAGACACUUGAGUUUUAGCAUUUUACCAUUCAUGAAAUGGAUGUAAUUUAAACUGUGGUAUACAAAUUUAAUAGUAGUACUGUUGAAUGGCACAAUGCUUACAGAGGUAGAUUACAUUUUGUCAAUAUAUACGAUUUAAAUACAAUCCUGGUAGCUGUUAAAAAGAAGGGGGUGCCUCAUGAAAAGAGAGUUAAGUAAAACCUGCAAACUGAUUUACUUUUUCUUCAGUCAUUAGUAUGUCUUAUAAUAGUGCUAAAUAAAAGGUCUAUCUUUAAUUGUUUAGCUGAUUUAACUCCAAAAUAAUAUUUUAGUAAAUAUGGAGGUUAUAACAUAUUCCCCUCUCCCCAAAAUGAACAACCAAACAAAAAAUAAAAACUCAAGGUCCAUACUUCUUAAAAUACUUAUUUCAGACUUCAUAACAAAUAAUGCAACUUUUCCAAAUAUAGUUUUCUAUUUUUAUGGACUUUUGCUUUUUCCCAAUAUUCUGACACUUUACAAAUGUAUAGAUUAUUACGUAAGCAAACAAUUUGACGGUUAGUGAUUACUCUGAGCCUACAGAACACUGGAUGUCCACAGAUAGUAAUUGGGCAUAUUUUCAGCUACCGCCUCCACUUUUGCAAUCCUUUUUGAUAGGGGAUUUGGGACUACCAUAUGUAAGAUGCUUUACAGCAAUGUAAGAAAAACUCCUUGUCUCGAUAUUUAAGAGCCAAAACAAUCCAACAUCCCACCCCCUGCAAAAUUCACUGGUGAAAGAAUGCAAUAUAUUCCUACCCUAUAGCC